GAUAGAAACAAAGACAAGGAACAGGUUACCUACUCUUAACGGUCAAAGCGAGCCCCUUUAUUUUGAAUUCGUUAAUUCAGAAUGAAUCAAAUCUCCCCAAGCAGGAUUUGAACCUACGACCAAUCAGUUAACAGUCGACCGCUCUACCACUAAGCUACUGAGGAACAACGGGAGAUUAGAUCUCAUAGAAUUCAAUUCCCGUUCUUAACCCAUGACCAAUAUGAGCUCGAAGCUUCCUUCGUAACUACCGAAACUUCUUCGUAGUGGCUCUCUUCCAUGUCUCAUUUCAGAAGGAACCUCAAAGUGGCUCUAUUUCAUUAUAUUCCAUCCAUAUCUCAAUUCCAUUCAUUUAAUACCCCUUUGGUGUCAUUGACAUAACAGAUGUCGUUUCUAGUCUAUCUCUUUCUAUUUCUUUUCUAUAUAUAGAAAGUUCAAAAAUCAUCAUAUAAUAAUCCAGAAAUUGCAAUAGAAAAGAAAUAAGGGAGGUUUGUGAUGAUUUUUCAAUCUUUUCUACUAGGUAAUCUAGUAUCAUUAUGCAUGAAGAUAAUCAAUUCGAUCGUUGUGGUCAGACUCUAUUAUGGAUUUUUUACCACAUUCUCCAUAGGGCCCUCUUAUCUCUUCCUUCUUCGAGCUCAAGUUAUGGAAAAAGGAACCGAGAAGAAGGUAUCAUCAACAACUGGUUUUAUUACAUGAGAGCUUAUGAUGCUCAUAUCGAUCUAUUAUACGCCUCUGCAUCUAGCAUUGGGUAGACCUCAUCCAAUAAUUGCCCUAGCUCUACCAUAUCUUUUGUUCCAUUUCUUCUGGAACAAUCACAAACACUUUUUUGAUUAUGGAUCUACUACCAGAAAUUCAAUGCGUAAUUUCAGCAUUCAAUGUGUAUUCCUGAAUAAUCUCAUUUUUCAAUUAUUCAACCAUUUCAUUUUACCAAGUUCAAUGUUAGCCAGAUUAGUCAACAUUUAUAUGUUUCGAUGAAACAACAAGAUG